AUGACGAGAUGUGUUGAUAACUUCGACCCCCAGGAUACGCCACAGGUAAUUGGGAUCCUGUGUCUCAAAAAAGCCAAGACUAUCAGUGUGAAGCUGCUGAAAAUGAGGUUUUCAUUCAAGAAAGAAGGAGAAUACCAGUGUGAGAUCACAGCUCUGAUUUUUGACGUGGCGUCUCCAGCUGAAGUUGUGUAUCGGAAUGAGCAAUGGGAGAAGUGUCCCGUAGACCAGAGCUCCCUGCUUCCUGCCGGCCCGCUGUAUGAUAUAAACUGUCCAAGCGCAGCUCUGGAGCACCUUUCCUUCCCACAUUCAGAGUGCUCGUCUGAAGAUCGAAAUCACUUAAUGGUGGCACACUACAAGAAUGGCAAUGUUGAGAUGAUUAAACCAAGAGAAGUGACAGAAACUCACAUCAAAAUAAAAGUCGCAGAAAUGUCUCUCUUUGGUCUCGUGAGAAGACUGCUCCACUAUAAAAGUAAAAGUAAAGCGCAGGUGCUUCUGUUUCUCAGGCAGCUGUCUGAGAGAAAGAAGCUGAAUGUUUUCUUGCUCUCCUCAAAUGUUGCUUUGGAUGAAGUGCAAGAGAAGCAAAAAGACAGUAUUUUCAUUGAGACAAGUUCCCACUGUGUUGUAUCGGAAGAGGAAAAGUACAGCGUUUCAUGUGACCUGGAAAAUGCUCAUACGUAUGAUUUUAUAAGACACUACGGUCCCAACUUCCACCCAACAUUUGAAAUCUUUUUGGACAGUGACGUGAAGGUUCUGACUCUUAAAGUUUUCAAUAGCACCAGAAGAGACGCUUCAGUGUGGUCUCGCAGAGUAUGGCUUGAUGCUCAAGUACCAGGGUUUCCAGCAAGGGCCAUCGCAUGUGGAAUGCAGGGUAUUGCUUGA